AUGAGCUGUCUGGACUUGGAGCAGUGUUCUCUUAAGGUCUUGGAGCCUGAAGGAAGCCCAAGCCUAUGUUUACUGAAGCUAAUGGGUGAGAAAGGUUGUACGGUCACAGAACUGAGUGACUUCCUGCAGGCUAUGGAGCACACCGAAGUUCUUCUGCUUCUCAGCCCCCCAGUGGAGGAGGUCUCGGUGGAUGACAGUGGUCUUCGGCGUCUUCGUCCCGGCCACCACAUUCCAAACGGAAAUGCAUCAGAACUAAUUUUUAACACCGUGCACGUAAAAGAUGCAGGCUUUUAUGUCUGUCGAGUUAAUAACAAUUUCACCUUUGAAUUCAGCCAGUGGUCACAGCUGGAUGUUUGUGAUGUCACAGAAGUAACAGGAAACCUCCAGGGGAGUUUGGAUGGCAUCUCUGAAUCCAAGUUGCAAAUCUGCGUUGAACCAAGGUCCCAAAAGCUGAUGCCUGGGAGCACAUUGCUUUUACAGUGUGUCGCUGUUGGAAGCCCUAUUCCUCACUACCAGUGGUUCAAAAAUGAGUCACCAUUAAUACAUGAGACAAAAAAGCUAUAUAUGGUGCCUUAUGUGGAUCUGGAACACCAAGGGACCUACUGGUGUCACGUAUAUAACGAUCGAGACAGUCAAGAUAGCAAGAAGGUAGAAAUCAUCAUAGGAAGAACAGAUGCAGUGGAGUGCACUGAAGAUGAAUUAAAUAAUCUCGGAUGCCCUGACCAUGAAGAGCAAACGGGUGAUCAGCCUUUGGCAAAGGACAAGGUUGCUCUUUUGAUAGGAAAUAUGAAUUACUGGGAACACCCCAAGCUCAAAGCUCCUUUGGUGGAUGUGUACGAGUUGACCAACUUGUUAAGACAACUAGAUUUCAAAGUUGUUUCGCUGUUGGAUCUCACUGAGUAUGAGAUGCGAAAUGCCGUGGAUGAAUUUUUACUCCUUUUAGACAAAGGAGUUUAUGGAUUAUUAUAUUAUGCAGGACAUGGUUACGAAAACUUUGGGAACAGCUUUAUGGUCCCUGUUGAUGCUCCAAAUCCAUAUAGGUCUGAAAACUGUCUCUGUGUACAAAAUAUACUGAAAUUGAUGCAAGAAAAGGAAACCGGACUCAACGUGUUCUUGUUGGACAUGUGUAGGAAAAGAAAUGACUAUGAUGACACCAUCCCGAUCUUGGAUGCACUAAAAGUCACCGCCAACAUUGUGUUUGGAUACGCCACGUGUCAAGGGGCAGAAGCUUUUGAAAUCCAGCAUUCUGGGUUGGCAAAUGGAAUUUUCAUGAAAUUUUUAAAAGAUAGAUUAUUAGAAGACAAGAAAAUUACUGUGUUACUGGAUGAAGUUGCAGAAGACAUGGGUAAGUGUCACCUUACCAAAGGCAAACAGGCUCUGGAGAUUCGGAGCAGCUUGUCUGAAAAGAGAGCACUUACUGACCCAAUACAGGGAACAGCAUAUUCUGCGGAAUCUCUGGUGCGGAAUCUGCAGUGGGCCAAGGCACACGAACUCCCAGAAAGUAUGUGCCUUAAAUUUCAGUGCGGUGUCCAGAUUCAGUUAGGGUUUGCCGCAGAGUUCUCCAACGUCAUGAUAAUCUACACAAGCAUAGUCCACAAGCCGCCCGACGUAGUGAUGUGCGAUGCCUACGUCACAGAUUUUCCUCUCGACUUAGACAUUGAUCCAAAAGCUGCAAACAAAGGGACGCCUGAGGAAACCGGCAGCUAUUUGGUGUCAAAGGAUCUCCCCAAGCAGUGCCUCUAUACUCGGCUCAGUUCACUGCAAAAAUUAAAGGAACAUCUAAUCUUCACAGUGUGUGUGUCGUAUCAGUACUCAGGACUGGAAGAUACUGUAGAGGAGAAGCAGGAGGUGAACGUUGGGAAACCCCUCAUUGCUAAACUGGACAUUCACCGGGGUUUGGGAAGGAAGACUUGCUUCCAGACGUGUGUCAUGUGUAACGGCCCUUACCAGAGCCCUGCGUCCACCUCGACGGGGGCUGGACAGUAUCACUCGUCUCAAGACUCCUUCCACGCUCUUUACCAUUCGCAUCUUGGUAACUCAAGCAGCGUUUUGCCAUCAGAUAGUUGUCAUUGCAGCCGGACCGCGGAUGCAUUUAUCUCAAGUCCCCACUCCCACCGCGACUCGUGUCGCUUUGGGAGAAGUAAUGUGCCAGUAGAGACAACGGAUGAAAUGCUGUUCAGUCUCUCUGACGGGCUCCGAAUUUCAGACAAGUGA